GACCGGUAUAUAUACCCAACUGGCAGUAGAGGAGCGAUCAAAACUAAUAUGGCGACCAAACGCUUUUAUGAGUUCAUGUCAGCUUUAAAACAUUCAUCCGAAAUAUGCAACAGACGAUAGAGGGUUGAUAUCGAACGAUCCAAGAGUAGAAGCAAAUUAUGUCGGUCUUUUAAUCAAUAACUAUGAACAGAGAGAAGUCGUACCUAAAAUUCGUGAGGAUUACUUGUUUAGUGAUCUCAACACUAUUGUUCUUAGCUAUUCACAACGAAGAAGAUCAUGUUUCUACAGUGAAUGAAGACAUAAUGAACGCUGACGCCAAGAUAGACAGAUUAAAGAUGCUUUACUCCAACUUGGAAACAACUACAAGUGUCCGAAGGAUAAGGACUAAAACGAGGUACCCGGACGGAAUGCACGUACCUUUUCUCUUAAAUAACAGGAAUAUGUGCAGGAAAUACGAAAAGGUUUCGGUGUUAGUAAUGGUUCACACUUCUGUUGGGAAUUUCUGGAGACGGAAGGAAAUGAGGAGAACCUGGCUCAAUAGUUCCCAUUAUAGUCCUGAAAACCUACAAGUGAUCUUCUUAGUUGGUACGACGAGUAAUAAAACAGUGACAGGGCUGUUAAAAAAUGAGAGUAAAAAGUACCACGACAUCAUACAAGGGGAUUUUGUGGACUCUUAUAGAAAUCUAACAAAUAAAGGAGUGAUGGGAUAUCGAUGGAUCACAGAAAAUUGUAUGAAUGCAGAAAUAGUCAUCAAAAUUGACGAUGAUGCAUUUAUCAAUUUCUUUAAGUUUUUUGAAGAUUUUUCAUUCUUGAAACAGCGGAAGCGAUUUAUAUUUUGUAACAAAAUAAAUCCAAAUUCAAUGCCAAUUAUUAGGCAGAAUUCCAGCAAGUGGUUUGUAAGUGAGUGGUUUUAUAAAGGGCGUGACACGUACCCCCACACAUACUGUAGCGGGUUCGUAGUGUUUAUAUCUACUGACCUAAUUCCAGCCCUUUACCAGGCAGUGUUCACUGCCCCAUUCUUCUGGGUCGAUGACUUCUAUUUGUUUGGAUUGCUUCCAAGCCGAGUAAAAAAUGUGGUACACGAAAAUUUUUGUGGAAACUUAACAUUCAUGCACCCAGAAGGCUUGAAAUGUUACAAGGAAUUGAAAAGAAAGUGUAAAUAUCUUGUAAUGCCCGCAAAAGACAAAGAAUUGGACGUUAUGUGGAAGGCGGUGAUUGCAGAUAGACACCAAAGUAUAUACGGAAACUAUUACAUGAGGGAACGAUCUAUUGACUGAUAUUCCAGAUAAACUCAAAUCAAUACUCUCAAAUGUUAACAAUACUAUCGAAAGAAGCACAGACAAUUAUGCUUUUAAAUACUUGCUCAUUCACGAGUUUUUGAAAGCGUCGUUAAACAUUCCGCGGCUAAUGUUGUUAAUUGUAUGUCUGUGCCCAUGUUUGUACUGGCAUUUACCAAUGUCAUUAUUUUUAUGAUGAAUACAAUGAAUAUAUUUUUUGUUUAUUUUACUAAGCACACAAUUUCUGUGAAUUAUUAUCUACGUAAUACUGAGUAAUAUCAGCUGAUUUAUUUCUGUGCGUUCAUAUAAAGUAAACAGUAAAAUUUAAUUGUUAACGUCACAUCAAAAUGUCGUUUAACCUUAAGUAGGUAGAAUAUGACUCAGAUAUCUGGUAUUGUCUCAGUUUCUGUCAACAAAAUACACGGUUGCUUUUGCUUAAUAUCAAUCAGUACCUUAAAACGCAUGAUUUUUAAGAUUAACGAAUAAGUAUUUUUCUUCUCAUUCAAAUAUAAUUAUCACCGUGCAAAAUUCACUGUUUAAUUAUAACUUUAUUUUGGACUUUUCUUUUAAAAUUCAACAUCUGUUUCGUAAUAUUUUCUCACAGUUUAUUUCUUACAAAGUUACUUAUUUAUUUAGUGAUUGACACUUUUCGGACUCUUAAUGUGAUUUCAAAGAGACAGAGUGUCAUGUCUCAAGGACUGUUAAUCUCUUAAAACAACAUUGUGCAAUUAUCAGUGUUUCAUUUCUUGGACAUCAAAGACUUAUUGAGUUUAUUUAAUUAUUUUAUAUCUGUGAACCUUUCACUCUGCUAACCUAUGUUAUCACCUGUCAAUUUAUACUCAUUGUUCAGAUUCUUAUAUAUAGCUAUGUACAAUAUGUCAAUCGUCAGUCUGGAAUACGGUGGCCAGCCUCGGCCACGUCCGACUCACCCAGAGUCUUGAGUCCGGAGGCCACUACUGGCCAUAUCCGACUUGUUUGUAAAAUGUCUGUCUGUUAAAUUGUUAGAAUGUUGCCAUCGUUGAAUCUCGUCCAAUAAAUGUGGAAUCCUG